CUAUUAUGCAGCUUCUUAAAACUAUCGGAGACGCCUUCUGUGUGCGGCUGCUGCUUUGUUUUCAGGCUGCCGCUCCUGGAAAGGAUUGUCGUAGGAAGUGCUAGAAGAGUAUCUCUCUCUCUUUUUUCUUGCUCUCUGGACAGAUCUGCCCCGCCCUUUCCAGCUGUUGCGAAGGCGGGGAGAGAGAAAAGAGUUUGGACUCUCUCUCUCCCUUUCCGGAACAGCCCCAAUAGUGUAACGCGAGCGCGCAAAGCUGCGCCACGCUCGGCUUUUUCGACGCCCGUCCAUACUCAGGACUGGGUCGAAACAAACACGCGCGUGGAUGCUGCAAACUCGCCGCUUGUUCGACAGGCAAACCCGCUCUGCUCCGGAGAGGGAAAACAAUCGCUGAACUUAUCUUCGCCAAAACCAGCUGCAGUUUGCUUGCAAGGAAAACCUCUUGGGGGGAAAUGAACCCUCCUCCUUGGCAUCCUAUUCUCCCCCAGGACUAGAAACUUAAGGAUGGCCGAGAUUGAGGAAAACGCAAGCAAGGAAUCCGCUGCUUUUCGUCGCUGCUUCCGAUCUCACCCGCCAGUUUCUCAGUUACGUUAAAUAAUAAUAAUAAUACGCCACUGUUUUCUACCGAUAUCCGACCGAUAGCUGAUCCACGCAGCGGUCGCAGGAAGGGACUCUCGGGGAGUGGUGGGCUGCUUGCUUGUCUCCCAGUUUCCUUCCACUUGUUGCAUUGGGGCAAUCGGAAGCCACCUUUCGCGCGCUCAGCCAACCGCCCUUUUGCGUGCGUGUUUUGCAACAAGCUCUUUGCCCUGCCUGCGAAGUAUUUCGGAUUCUUCGGAAGCUCAGAUUGCAAAAAAAGAGAGAGAGAGAGAGAGAGAGAGAAAGGGAAGAGUUUUUAACGCGCGCACACACCACGUACUAAGGCGCUGCUCCGUGGCGUUGGUUGGGCCGUCGUUGGAUCCUCGCCGUUGCCUCGAGUAGUGUCCCCAAAGCGAAAAGGGGCCGGUUGGCUCGACUGCAACUCUCCGGGCGCGAUCCCGUGCUGGUGGACACACAGGAAGGCAAGUGGAAGCGAGGAGGAGCCGGAGGAGGAGGGCGGAGACCUCCCACUUUCCCGGGCCAAGAGCGCAGAGGAGGCGCCCGGCCGCUUUACGCGCAGCUCCGAGGGGAGCGCGCCUGGCCGAAAGCGACACCGCCUAGCCCUGCGAUGGCGGGUUCCCGUCCUCUCCACUGAAUCGGCGCGCCUGGGAGGACGGAGGCGGUCCGCUCCCGUCCAGUCCCCGGCCGGCGGAGGGGUUAUGCGGCGGGAUGGCCUCGGCCGUGUUUGAGGGCACCUCUCUGGUGAACAUGUUCGUGCGCGGCUGCUGGGUCAACGGCAUCCGGAGGCUCAUCAUCAACCGGCAAGGCGACGAGGAGGAGUUCUUCGAGAUCCGCACCGAGUGGUCGGACAGGAACGUGCUCUACUUGCACCGCAGCUACUCGGAUCUGGGCCGCCUCUUCAAGCGCCUGCUCGACUCCUUCCCCGAGGAUCGCCCCGAGCUGUCACAGUCCCCCUUGCUCCAAGGACUAAUCACCAUUAAGGAGUCUCACGACAUAGAAGCCAGGCUUAACGAAGUAGAGAAGCUCCUCAAGAAUAUUAUAAAUAUGCCUUGGAAGUACUCCAGAUCAGAAGUCGUCCUCACCUUCUUCGAAAGAUCUCCUUUAGAUCAGGUGUUAAAAAAUGACAAUGUCCAUAAAAUUCAACCAAGCUUUCAAAGUCCAGUUAAAAUAUCAGAAAUCAUGCGAUCUAAUGGAUUUUGUUUAGCCAACACUGAAACAAUAGUCAUUGAUCACAGUAUACCAAACGGGAAAGAAAAGCACUUAGAUGUCGAUUCGGCGGAACAUUUGUUUGAAAAUGUUGGCGAAUUUACCUCUGAGCUGGAGGGCAGCGAUGACCCAGCAGCAUAUGUCACCAACUUGUCGUACUACCACCUGGUUCCAUUUGAAACUGAUAUUUUGGACUAAGAGUGCCAAGCGAACUUUGUGGCUGACAUCAGAAGGGCGGUCUUUAAGCAUGGCGGUUCACCAUCAUUCUAUUCUAAUGGACAAAGAGACAUUUGUUUUGCCAAAGGGAAUGAAGCAAAGACACCUGGAGCGUAAUAGGCCAAGGAACUAUGUCAUGCAGCCGAAUCAGCAGCAACCAUGCCAUUGACAAAUCAUUGGUGAAUGUGCAAAAAUCAGUGGCGCCGGUUCUUACUGAUAUACGGUAGAACUUGCAAAGACCAACCACAUUUCCUCUCCCUCGAGCUCCCUCGUACCAUAAGUACAUUCUUAACCUUUUCCAAUUAAAGGCCUCCUGUGUUCAGUUUUCAUUCCUCAGAGGGACAACUUCUCACAAAUGUCAUGGUGGUUCAUUCAUUGAAAGAUGCCUUAUGUCAUGCGUGCCUGCAGGAAAUAAGCACAUAAAUGGAUUGAUUAAUUUAACUUAUUCUAAGCCUGUGGUUUUAUUUAAUCAUCCAAGGGCCUGUCUUUUUCACUUGAAAUAAUAAUUAAUAAUAAAAAUAAUUAUAAAGGAAACAAGCAAGUUACAUCCCAAGUUGGGGGAAAGGGAAAGUAAUCCAUAAUUGUUAUUUUUUUAUUUUUAUUGUACCUGAAUUUUGGAUGGGUCUGCUAGAAAUGCUGUUAGGAUUUCUCCCCUGUCUUAGAACCAGGAAAUCUUCGCCGUUCUCACUAUUGCAGGGUUUCCACUAGAAUUGUCAGCUGGCUGUCUAGGGCAGGAAUGAGGCUCUUGUGGACCACCAUAUGUUUGUGGACUACAGCAUCCAUCCAUCAUCCCAGUCUAUGGGACUGAUGGGAGUCAGAUGUCCCUCUAUGGCCCCUUACUUCUCAUGCAUUCAGAAAUAAGCUUCAACCAUCUACAUGUGGACGUUUUAAAGCUGUGCUACAGCAACAACUACACCCUUAUAAAAUCCACUAGCCCACUUUGACUCUAGCCCUCCCCCUCUGUUUGCCUUCGGGGGUUGGAAGCUUGACCAAAAUAGCUGUACAGCAGGCAAAGUUUUGGACCUGGAAAAGCUGCGCCGAAAGAGCUUCCAUGCACAGCUAUUAAGAAAACAAGUGCAAUUUCGAAGGUCCUUGAAAGUGACAGCCACAUUGUCACUUCUGCUUGCCACUGGCCUGGGGGAAAGAGUAAACAACUCUUGCAUUCCCUGAAGGAGGGCAUGGCACAGAGACAAGUUCUGUAGGCCUGAAUGGCAUGGAUGAGAAGAGAGAACUGGUUCUGUGGUGACAGUAGUGGGCUCUGUUAACAUGAAGCAUUUGGGGUAACCGCAGAAGCAGGCCUCAAAGCUUUUUAACUACUGAAUGGUGCUGCGUUGAGCUUGGUUUUGGCUCCAGCUCAUAGGAUGGCAAAGCACCUGUUCUCGCAGCUUAUUCAGCCACAUACUGUGAUGAAGCUGCUUAAUAAAGGCACAUCUAAACUAUAGGCCUCAAAUGGUUUAAUUGUCGUUCCUUCUACUCAGGGGGAAUAUGAAGAACUGUAUUUCUGUGAGCCAUGCUCCAGUAGAGUAUUAUCAACACCCACUGAAAAUUAUAGUUCCCAGAGGAAGCUGGAAAUGGUGGUUAAACUGAGGAAAAAACUGAUAGAGGUGUUUAGUAGAAUUGCCAGAAGUUGUGUGUAGGAAAUGAAGAACAGAAUACAUUCCAAGUUCCUUGCUCCUUUUGUUCCCCCCUCCAAGCUCCGAAGAAUAUGGUACAUUUCCCCCUUCUCCUGUGAACCUUUCAGUAUUCUUUUGUAUAAUGAUUGUAAAACGAAAUUUGCUAAUGUAAAUAGUAAUAAAUUAUUGAGAACCCAA